CACUUUGAAUAUAAUACUAUCCACUAAGUCACAUCGACACUUUUUUCCCGUUGAAUAUAGACUCUAUUCUUCAAGCUAAUUCAUCAUCAUAACAACACUUAUCGACAAUCAUUCCCACAGUUUAAUUUGUUCCAGACAUUACACACUAUACUUUACACGUUACAACAAUAACGAAAAAAUGCCUAUCUACUAUAAAAAAGUUAGCCAUGAUGCUAACGACCUAAGCUUAAUCGAAUCUGGACUUGGUUCAACAUCAUCAGCAAAUGUUGGCAAUUCUUUUUUCAACAAUAUCGGUUCAAUGCCUAAGAAAUUGACCAACAAUUUCGGCUCAAGAUCAAGUGUCAAUGAAGUAGAAUUGGAAAAGAUUAGUUUCAGUUUUCCCGGCUCAAAUGAAGAUUGUGAAAAUGGUGGCGAUGAUUUUGAUAAAUCAAGAUUAUUAUCAAAAACAAGCGAUGCUGAUCGUGAUCGUUUGAUGACCAGGUUUGGUCCUGUAGUUGUUGUUAAACAAUCGCCAGCGAUAAUAGUAGAUGGACAAAAUAAAUCACUCCCACCAAGACCAGUAAUCAUCACCUAUCAUGAUAUUGGCCUCAAUUAUUUCUCCAAUUUCGAAUCAUUCUUUUCUCGAGCAUAUAUUAAGCAGAUGUUACAAGAUUUCCGUAUCUAUCAUAUUAAUGCGCCCGGACAAGAAGAGAAUUCCGAAGAUCUUUCUUCAAAUUAUCUGUUUCCGACCAUGGAUGAAUUAUGCGCUCAACUGGAUGAAAUAUGUCGCUAUUAUAACAUACAGGAAUUUAUUGGUUUUGGUUACGGAACAGGUAGUAAUGUUCUUAGUCGUUUUGCUCUCAAACAUCCAGAUAUGGUAGAAGGAUUAUUUUUGAUCAAUCCAUCCGCAACAACAUCUACAUGGACCGAAUGGUUCUAUCAGAAAUUGAAUCUCCGUGCAUUGGCUCAACCACCAUCGACAGCAAAUGUAACGCCAAGUUCAUCAAUUCAGAAUCAGGAUCUUCCUCUAACCGUUCAGGAUUAUUUCCUCUGGCAUUUGUUUGGCAACUUAAGUUUACCAGAUCGACCCAUCGAUGAAGAAGCGGUAACAUUUUAUCGGCGAUAUUUUAGUUCCGGAGUAAUCAAUAAAAACAAUCUGGCUCGCUUUUUGGAAUCAUAUCUGAAUCGUACAGCAUUGGGUAUAUCGCGUGAUGACCGUAUCACGAAUUUCAAAUGCCCUGUAGCCAUCGUUAGUGCCGAUUAUUCUCCACAUGUAGAUGAAUCUGUAAAAAUGAAUUCACGAUUAGAUCCAACAAAUUCAACUUGGGUCAAACUUGGUGAUUGUUCAAUGCCUUUGGAAGAACAGCCAAAUAAAACCGCUGAAGUUCUGUUCUUGUUUCUUCAAGGUUUAGGUUACACGUUGAAAAAAGCAUUAAAUCGAAGUCGUGGAUCAUCAUUAUUAAGUGGUAAAAGUAUGCCUUGUUUGCAAUUUCUUCAUCCAACAAAACAAAAUUCAUCCACACAAUCAGCCGCGACAAUCAUUCCAAAUUCAAAUGGAUCCUCCACUUAUGCAACUGUUUCAUCAUCAUCACCACAAAACAAUCGACGAGCUACACUUGCCGAUAGUGGUCUAAGUAUUUAACUUGUCAAAUUCAUUCAUGAUAAUCACAA